AUGCUCCGCUCUCUUCGCCUCGAAUGCGCCUGCGCGCCCCGUUCCGCGACGAGCGGCAGGAGCCUCACUUACACAAGGUCACCGGCAACACGCGCGCCCAAGUUCGUCGGCCGGGCGCACGCAGGGGCAGCGCCCCUGCCUGGUAGCUGUUCCACAGCGCGCUUGCGUCGAGCUGCGGCCCGGCGAAGACGCUGUGUCACGGCCAGCGCGUCCGGAGAAACUGUCUCAUCAUCCACAGACCUGGUCGAACAGCUCGCUCUAGAGCACUACCUGUGGAGCUCGUGUCGCGUGAACUACAGCGAGGGUCUCAAGAGGUGCUGCCAAACGGCGGUCGAGCUCUACGAGGUGGGCUUCUCCGAGGAACUCUUGCGACACCAGCUCGAAGCCGUCCAGAGCAAGUGGGAGGAGGAUCCGAGCGUCGUGGGUCUGCGUGCGAGCGUGCCGGAGGGCGUCCCCGAGGCCCAGCGCCCCGUGAUCCUAGGGUUCGCGGCGAGCGGCCUUGACGUUGAGGCUUGCGUGUCGAUGGCCAUCCUGGUCUGGUUGACGCUCCUCGCGCUGCCCGGAAAGGCCGCCGCGCCGCGCCUGUCGCUGAAGCCCACAGCGCCCGUCGACGACCGCAGCAAACACACGUUCGGGGGCUUCGUCGAGAUCCUAGUCAGGGGGUGGAACGACCGCCGAAUGGUGUGGUGCGACCUCGACAUGGUGCAGAUGGAGCUGCAGAUGGGCGGCAGCGGCGACGUCACCAGGCUGGACGCCGCAGACUACGCGCGCACCGUGUACCAGACCUUGGCGCUCAAAGCACCAGGAUUCCCAUCCUUGAACUGA